UGGUGGCUCACUGUGCCCCGGACCUCUGCCUGUCAUGUCCGGGCUGCACAUGUGGGCCCCACGGUUCCUGUUCCUAUGGCAGCUGUUGUGGCUGCAGGUCCAGGCAGCUCCGAUUCCGGUGGCCAUGGACUCUAGCCUGCUGACCUCCAUCCCCCUGGGACCUACCGAGCCCUGGUCUUGGGAUCAGCAAAAUCCUGCAAACCUUGAACUUCUUUCUGUCGACCGUGAUGCCUCAGCUGUACUUGCAGAGGCCCCUGAGAAAACGGAACCUUCUCUGAACCCUCAGGAGGCUUCAACUCAGCUUCCAACCCAACAAGAAGCCUCAACUCAGUCUACAGUGUUCCAAGAGCCUUUGAAAUUUUUGUUCGACCACCAAGGAGAUCAAGAUAAGCAGCAGCCCUACCCUGAAUAUGUUCAAUCUUCAAAGAGCUCAGCUCUACCUCCUGUGUCUCUAGCCAAUAUACAAACUUCUUCAAUCCAUCUGAAGGGUCAAGGUCAACUUCAAAAAUCCACUAUGGAUGUUGAAGCUCAACCUUCAGUACAUCACGAAGCAAUAUCUUCACUUCCAGAUUGGGGUAAAGUUCAGCAUCAAGUGUUGUCUAUCAGUAUUGAUGAUGUGGAUCUGGGGAUUUUGAUAAAGCCAAAGACCCCUAAGAAGAAUGAACCACCUUCAACUGACAAGGAGGUCUCUUUUUACCCUCCCAGGCCAACUGAAAAUAUCUACCCUCCAUACCAGCAGGAGAUCCCAGCUCAGCCUAUUUCACAGGCUAACGCUCUGCAGCAGACUACAGCUCCUCCAAAGCACUCUGAGGUGACAGUUCCACGUCCACAGCCUGUUCAUUCUCAGCAGCCAACCUUUCCACAUUUGGACCUGGGACUCACCAUCACCCCAGAACCAACUUUGGUAACUGAUGCUCCUCCAAAGCACCCUGAAAUGACACUUCCAUAUUCAGAGCCUGUUCAGGCUCUGCAGCCAACCUUGUCUGAGGUCUCAGCUCUAUCUUUUGAUAUGGAAGUUGCCAAAACUCAGCAACCAGACUCAUAUGAGAUGGUACCUCUAAUGACUGAACAGAGUGCCACCAUGAACAUAUGUGAGUUCUGUACCUGCAGUAUUGGGACACUGUCGUGUAUUGGUUUUGGCACAAAUCAGAAGCUCAACAAAGUGCCUGUGUCAGAGCCCGGCAUCUACAACGGCACCUUCACCAUCUUAAACUUGCAAGGAAAUGCUAUUUCUUACAUUGGUAAAGAUACGUGGAAGUCAUACCAUUUGGUUGAGAAACUAAAUCUCAGUGGAAAUAAUUUGAGAGAAUUACGUAAGGAUUCAUUUGAAGGCCUGUUUUCCCUCCAGUAUUUAGACUUAUCCUGCAAUAAAAUAGAAUUUAUUGAAAGGAAUGCAUUUGAAUCACUACCUUUUUUACAAUAUAUAAAUCUUGGUUGCAAUUCAAUCACAAAAGUGAACUUUGGAACAUUUCAGGCCUCACAUGGAAUGCAGUUUUUACACAAGUUAAUCCUCAAUCGUAACCCUCUGACAACCGUUCAAGAUCCUUAUCUUUUUAACUUGCCAGCAUUGAAAUAUUUAGACAUGGGAGCAACCCAAGUGUCAUUUACAACAGUUGAUAACAUCCUCAAGAUGACCCUUACACUGGAAAAACUGAUCUUACCUAGCCGUUUGGCCUGCUGCCUCUGCCACUUUAAAAAUAGUAUUGAGGCUGUUGCCAAGUCAAUCAAACUGCAUUGUGACAAUGAGUGUCUGGUAAAAACACAUUGUGAUGAACAAGUACUUACAGAACGACCAUUCAUGAAAAUAUUAGAAGACCGGAAAAACUACAACAGCAGUGAGCUGACAAUUGAGCCAGAGAGGACAGCCCCAAAGAAAAAUAGCGAGACUUUGUCAGCCUUCAUGAGCCUCCUGAUGAAAUUGCUUGAUGAGCAGCAGGAAGUAAAGGUUUCCAAGGAAGAGUUGGAUACAGAACAAUGGAAAAAUGAGAGGAUGGAAGCCCCGGGGGAACAGGAAGAGGAGGAGUCAAAUGAGUUCAGAAAUGAAGUGCCAGGAUAUAAGAACUACAACAAAGUCAUCAUAGCAUCACCUGUGAUUGCAGUAGUAGCUUUUUAUUUCGUAGUUUUCUGUCUCAUUGCGAUUUGUCACAGUAAGGAGGCUUCAAAAGAAAGCUCAAGGGGCUCUCUUGCAAGUGGCCAGCAGAACAAAUCAGCAGAAUACCAGCUGGAGGAGGGCGGUUUCUGCAGAAGACUGUUUCUUUGGCUGAAGAAUCUGUUUGCAUCUUUCCUGGCCAUAUUUAAGAAAAAUGAGCAGAAGUCUCAGGAUACAACUGAGAAUGUAGCUUUCCUAAAAAUGGAACAGAGUGAAGAAGCCACAGGAGAGAGGAUAAAUACAUCAGAAUAUCCUGCUGAAGAGGCAGCAGAGGAAAGUGAAGAAUAAAACCUCCACUGAUUGAACUACAUCCUCAGCCUUAUUAGCAUUAUUAAACAUACUAGAGGCCUGUUGCAUGAAAAGAUUCGUGCAAUAGGCCUUCCCUUCCCCUG